ACUCCUAGACUUGAAUGUUCUGUAAUACUACUGCUUAUAAACAUUUCUCCCAUCAGCAGGCAUGUAUUUUGCUCAUGAUGCAGUGGGCCUAGAAUUGUAGCCAGAAAGUUAUUGUACUACCUGUCAUACAGUAAUAGGGAGAACCACUAUUGCUAAUCUGGAGCACUUCAAAAUGCAAUAUUUACAAGAAAGGGAGGAAUGAACAGGCAGCUUUGUUUUAAUGCUAAUGGCAAUGAGAUAGAAUUCACUUCAUAUUGGGCACGAUCUCAAAUAUAAAUAGUUACCAACUUGAUCAGUAAGAACUGAAUUCAUGUUGACUGAACUUGUACUGAGUGGUUUAAAGCUGGGAAGAUAAAGUUCUUAUAAGAUUGUGGCUUUCAGAUUUUUUUUUUUGUGAGCUGGAAGUAGUCACCAGGGAAAAAAGAACAGAUUGAGUUGCACCUAAACCAGGGAGAUUUUUGUCUGUGCCUCUCUUGCUGCCUGAAUUUGGCAUUUGCUGAGCAUGCUGCAAAGCGUAUUUGUUCAAUUAGUCUAAGCAUGCUCAUUAAUUAUCCAAAAUUGGAUAAUCUGGCCUAAGUGUAGGAAGCGUGUUGUCUCACUGGUGUUAGAUGGUAAGCCUCCAUGUUUCAUUUGCUGUGUUUGAUGUAUUGCAUGUCUCUACUUUGUGAUACCAAAUGACACUGUAAGGUAAGACUCUUGUCCUGCGGCUUUGUUUGCUUGAUUCAGGUAAACAGUCUUCUGACCUGCACUCUGAAUUGUUUGUGUAAUAUUUAGGUGCGUCAAAGCGCAACUUUUGAGCGGAACCAGUUUAUCCAGCAAUUUACCUUUUUCUCUACCCUGUCAUCAUUGUAUACAACUCCGAUGAUGCAAAGAUUGUUUGCACAUUUAAAUUUUUGCUGGAAGGCGAUAGUGUUCGAUAGCAUUAGGCCUAAUACUGAGGCUGACAAACUGCCUGAAGCCUGUCUAACUGACAGCAAUUCCUUGUCUACAAGCAGGUCUUUGGAUUUUGUUGUUUGGCCAGUUUGUGAUCUUCUGUACGCUGAUACUCUAUAAUGCUACCUUUACAGCACAGGCCUGUGUUGUCGUUUAACUGUCAUUUGACAUUGCUUGGUGCAUGCAGCAGAGAAGCAAAGCACAGAGCAGAGGAGAACAGAAAUAGAACUGAACGGAACAAGAAUGUCUGGAUAUCAUCAUUCAUGCAAUAAGACAUUAGAGAUUGUAUUCAGAAUGGACAGAAUCCGCAAUAAUGACAGGCCACAGCUCGUCAGAAAUCAUCAUGUCAAACCAGCAGAUCUUAAUAAAAGCUCAGCAUGCUGGAGAGAUGUGUUUAUUACAAUGUGAUUUCAGCAUUGUACAUGCUCACCCGUACACGAGAAAGGGUGUAUCUACAGGGCAGGCCAUUGCCCAGGGCUGCAAAGCGUUCGGUAGCUGUGAGUGAAUGUGACUUGUAGGGACAGACAUUGGCUGGUUUGCCUAAGGCAGCAGAACCCAUAGAGCUGGCCUUGAACACAGUGCACUGUUCAUUCUUCUGUGACCUUCUAGGAAAUAAAGAAAACCUAUUACAGUGCAGUAACCAGAGGAGAAGGCAUUUACUUCACUGAAACAGGACAAGUCUGCUACUCUGCUGCAGGAAGCUGUAAAUAUAUUUAACAACUUUGUUCAAAAUCUGAGGCCAUUCCCACAUUCCAUGCGGGAAGCUGUGAAAUGUGAAAGGGAGGACUAGUGUAACCAUAUACAAAGACAAAAGAGUAGGGAUUCUACUGAGAAGCAGCAGUUAACUCGGGUGUCAUCCUGGACUGAUAUCAGAUCUUGAGCCAAGAUGUUUUGUGGUUAAAGAGGUUUCAAGAGGCCUCCAAUUUCAUUCUUAUUUUGGCAGCUAGAUUAUUACUUCUCUGCACAGAAAAUGUUACCAUCUCAUUUUGCAGAAAUGCCACUUCUGGAAUUUAUAUUCACACUAGUACAAGCAGGCCCAGGGCAGGCAUGGCAGGUCAGGUUACACAGCUGAGCUAUGAAUCUUUAAUACUAAGUUGAUUGGUGACUUUUUUUAGUCUAUUAUUGGACAUUAUUUUCAAGGAGGACAAAUAAUUUUGGCACCUUAUGUUGGAAUAGCUUCUUCAGUUACCUAAACACUGAAAUCUCAAGAUACCUGAAAUAAUAUAUAUAAUAUUGUUUUGGAGGGGAAGAAACAUCCCAAAAUAAGCUAUUUCUGUGCUGUUUUAUGAAUACUUGCGUAGUUGUGAAUAUUCUGAAGCAUCUUCCUAAUUAAAACUGCACUAAUGCUGCUUAACAGGUACUUUAUUUUUUCCUUGUUUUUUUUUUUUAGGAGGUUUGAAUGCUCAAUCCUAAUUUGCAAAAUCCACCAUGUUUCUUAACAAUUUUUGAUCAAGUCCAAUCAGCCUACUGACACCUGGGGAGACAGUAUGGUUUUCUUGAAUACACGUUGCGAUGAGCUCAUAAGAGAAUAUGGAGCAAGAAUCUCAAGCGCUGAUACCAGCUUUUGGGUACACAUGUACCUUCAGUGAAACAGAGCCAGCUGUGAGGAAUAGUAUCCAGUGGUUCUCUAUUUCCAGUAGUUGUUCUCUUCAACUUCUGUUUUGUGUGCUUGGAUUUGUGUGAGGUGGCAGCAGUCAGCAGCAAUGUGUUCCCCAUCAAGGAUCCUGAGAUGGGUUGAUGGUCAGAGCACAGUGUGGGAACCCUCACGGUCCUAGUGAAUAGUGUUCAGCACUGGGGACCCUUGCUGCCCUGUGGGCAUGGGGAUGUCUCUAAGCUGUCAAGGCAGUGUUCCAGACUGGCCUUGUGUCAAUUAGGUGACCAAAUUAAGUGGGUAUCUCAGCUCCUCACUGGAGCCACUGAAGCCCAGCUUUGGUAGCUAUUUAACUAGUCUGAAAGGAGUGAGAUUUGGGCUUUUGAGCCAUAGGGAUUUUUUUUGAAAAACACAGUAGCAGGGGGAGAAAAAGAAACCCCAAACCAUCUAAGAGCAGUGGUAUAGUAUUGUAUCAGUAUCAUGGGUUCAGGUAUACACAGGGUCAAUUUACAGGCUCGCUAGUACAGAGUGCAAGAUUAAUUGGCUUUGGUCAGCUUUUGCUUCACUAUCUGAAUAUCAUUAUCAGGAAUGUAAAUGAUUAUGCUACGCAGAAAAAUACCACAAUAGUCUCAGUGUCUCCUUUUAUACUCGUCUCUUUUUAAACAGAGCUUUAUCUAAAUGCAAAUCUGAUUUCAGCCUUCUGAUUAGGACAUUAUACAGUCAUCCAUUCCAGAAAAGCAUAAUUAGGGUAUUAUUUUAUUUCUGACUCAACAGUUCUUGGUUUAGAUAGUUUGUCUGUUGUACUGUGCAUAAAAUUUAAGUUAUCAGAAGGAAAUAUACGUUAUUAGUCACGAUUACAGACAGAUUUUGUGAGAUUGAGGUUUUUUUUUUUCUUGGCAGAUAAAAGUGGUAACAUUUAUGGGAUGUUUUUAGAACAAAGACAGUAGUGCAGAUUCUUACUGUACUUCAUUGUCCUUUGUGUGUGUAUGCAUAAUGGGCAAAUUACCUCGAGUUACGAUGCAAAUGGUCUAAUACAGUGUGGUGUACAAGCACAAAGUUAAAUAUUGGAAAGAGGUAAGUCUACACUAUUGCAUUAUGCUAAGGAACUGUAGAAAUUCAUUAGGUUAUUCUGAUUAAAUAGCUAUUCUGCCAAACAGCCAUUAGGUUUUCUGUAUCCUGUGGUAGACUUAGUGAAGUAUGAUAAGAAAGGUAACGGUUGCUUUUGGGAACUGACGUAGGAUUUUAGCAAAUUUGGGAAUUUUUGUAGGAAGAAUAAAGUUUUUUACUCAGUAGAAGAUAGCUAAUGUGAGUUGUGCUGUCAUUAUAGCAGUUCAGGGAAAUUGCUAUGAGGGAAAGUUUCUCCCUUCUGCUGUAAGCAUGGAGGCUUUCUCAAAUUAAAGUCUUUACAGUGGCUGGUGAUUGUGAAUUCAGCAAGCUGUACAGUGCCUUCUCAGCACUCUCUUCCUUCCAGCCCUGCUGGUGAUGUCAUCCAGCCCCAAGAAAAGCAAGAACAAAUCAGUUUUUCUCUGCUGUACUUCUACUGCUUUUGCUGCUGGUGGGUAUUAUGCAUCCUUCUUCCCAUCUUCGUUUUUAUGACCAUUAUAAGUUUAAAAGAAGAUUAAGAGAAUGUCAAGGGCAGGCAAGUCUUUUUAUAAUAAACAAUGAACAUGUUUUAAAGCUUUGUUUUGUGCUGGGAGAGGCCUGCUCUUACGACUCGUAAGUGAAAACUGCUGAUACUGAAGAAACACGAGACCCUUAACCUUCCCUGUCAUACCCUGCUGUUUAUGAGAACGUUUUCUGUCACUGUGGUUGAUCAUCUUAACCAGCACUGUAAAAAUCUAUGAAUGAGAUGCCCAGUGUGCCUAAAUAAAACCGAAACCUGCUCUGGAUUAAGUUCUUUUAUUAUAUUCCUGUUUUCAUGGCAGGUCACAGAUUCAGAAGCAUCCUACCUGAUUUAGGAUUGUAACUGCAGGAUGUGUAUUAUAACCCUUGUUUUGCUACUCCUGCGUUCAAUGGAGAGAAGAUUAGGGAGCAGUCAAGUCUGUGUAUUACCUGAGCCUCAUUUUGGAGUUUCUUUAUCGUUCUGCUGGUUGGAGGGGUGGCACAGGGAUCUCUUGCUGAGCUGCAAGAGUAUCAUUACCCUUUUUUCUCAAAUGCCAAAGUGGAAUGAAUCCAAACAACAACAACAAAAAAAGCGUGUGACUGAUGUUUGGCAUAGGUUUCAUUGUAAGGAGAGAAAAUCUUUUAGUGAAGAGAUUGGAAGUGAAUGAGAGAUGAACCUCAUUCUGGGGGUGUUCAGGUCAGUAUUUUAAGUUGAAUGUCUCAGUGCAAAUCCAUAAUUAGCACAUUCGAUGAGCUGGCAGAUUGAGUACUUGGGCUGGAACCAUUUUGAAAAGUCAGCUCUUAGUCUGUGUCUCUGAAUUUUUGUAACAUCUUUUUGCCCAGUAUUUAAGUCCUGUAGUGGGUGAGGGUAACUGACAUCUAUUAAACAAAUAUGAGUAAACAGAACUGGAAUCAAACAAGCAUAAUGAAAAGAUUACAGUAACAGUGAAGAACAAACUUAUUGUACUCAUGGUGGAAGAAUGGUUUUCUAAUUGUUCUCGAACCCUAGUGGAAGCCAUAUUUUGGCUGUGAAUAAUUCCCAAGAGGUAUUAUUGUGAAGUCUUACCUCCUCUCUCUUACUUUACUAAUAGAACACAUCAAAUAUUCAAAACCAGACACACCCUAGGAAGCUCAGAGUGCACUGAACAACUCAUCUGUUUCAGACAGAGAAAGAUGGGACUGUUCAGUGGUGGGUGAGGUUUUCCAACCUCUGUGACCUGCCAGUUCAGUUUUGUCUUCUCAACUCUGAGAGGAGGGAAUGACUGGCAGAAGGGAAAGCUUGGGAGGAUGGGAGCCAGAUAACUGAAGUUUUCAUGCCCACAAGACAUUGUGAUUUCACGCUUGGCUGUGGUGUGAAGUGUUUCAAAGUUAACUCCAGUCAACAUGUACUACAUCUACUCUGAGUUACCUGUAAAUAAAGAAACAAAACUUCCUGCACCUUGUGUGUGGAAUCUUUCCUUAUAUGUUAUACUAUUUGAGUCCUGAAGAUAUUUAUUUUAGAAUUCAGUAAUAAUAACCAAAUGAAAAUUAACCUGUUAAAUUUGAUCCACUUUUUGUUUCUGAUGUGUAUUAGGCUUCUGGCACUGUGUGCAAAACCACAGGACUACCAAUUGCCAUAUUUGAUAUCGGCAUUGCUCAUCUAUCCAUCUCGGGAUCUUUCCUUAUCUACUUUCUAAGAUCCCCUGAAUGUCAGUACUUUCCCAAGGGUUGUGUAAGGAAGUGACCAACCUAAAUUAGGUUUUAAUAGUUUUUACUUCAUCAGCUCAUGAGAUAGCACUUAAGUUACUCCCUUAAAACUCAUCUUUUUCUCUUGAGGUCUAGAAAAAGUUUUCCUUGUGAAGCGUCAUCAUAGCUUUUCUUAGGGACUUUUGUGGCAUCCCUCAUUAGCUGUGACCCUUUAUUUUCUAAGGAACUGCAGAAACUCUGUUACAAAACUUGCCUGUUGAUAGCAGCUAAGCAGCUGGCAAGCUAUAUUGUGUGCUGUAUUAGUCUGCACAAAAGCAUGUUCGGAUUGCUGUCACCUCCUCCCCAUUCCCAUCCCACCUGUUUGGCUCAUCUGCCUCAUCCUGUGACUUGUCAUUAGUCUGCCUUGUAAAUAGUUUGUGGCAGAAACUUUUUCAUGAGAUAUGUGUAUAGGUGUACACAGAAAGAGGAAGUACCUACUGUGAUUGAGCCUGAGCUCUUGGCUGAAGAUUAUGGGCACAGUUCUAAUGCAGAUAAUAAUGCUAAUAUUGCAAGGCUUUUUCUCACAAGUCUUCUGCAGACAAAGAGCUCUACAGCAGGAACAUCUUACAGGAUGUUGCAUUUUUGAAUCCAGCUACCUGUUGUUGAAUCACUAUAGUAUAAAUUUCACCCAGUCUUCAAACUCUUCCUGUGGCUUAAGCUUUAAAGAUACUGCUGUAAAUGAGCAGAGCUCUUGUUCCUAUUUAGAGAGAUGCUCAUUUGUACCUACUUGAUUCCACCACAGUCUGUUGUAUUUUACUGAAAAUAGAGAUCACAGUAGUAGAUAUCUCAUUAUGAUGGGCAUUUCAUAGAUACUCAGUGAAUGGCUUUUUGCCACCGUGAGAAGUGCUGGUGUCUGCAAGUGUUCAUAUUGCAGGUGCUUAGAAAGAUGACUUUUUAAAUGUUCCUGCGUUAUUGUCCUAGGGUAUUUAUUCUGUUGUGCUUCAAAAUUCUUGAGAGAGACUAAAUUCCACAGCAGAUGGGAACAAAUCUGUAUCAUGUUCAACAGAAAAUUUCUACUAUUCUAGUCACUUUUUACCCACUUAUAGAUUUUUUUUUUUAAUAUAAAUGUAAUUGUCUGUGCAUGGGGUUUUAUUUUAAGCUGACAAAUUCUGUCUUCGUGUAGUUAUAAUACAUCAUUCAAUUGGAGCAGUUUUUUGUUAUCGUCAGGAGCUCUGUCUACUUGGAAACUGAAAGGAUGUAAGGAACUCUAAGCUGAAAAGCUUGAUAAUGGCUCCACUUCCCAAUGCUGAAUUAGUUCGGAAUUCGUUGCAGUUAUAUCGUUAUUUGCUCCGCUGCUGUAAGCAGCUUCCUGAAGAGAAUAUUCGUCAGCAUUACAAACAUGCAAUCAGGCAGAGUUUCAAAGUUCAUGCUGAUGAAGAUGAUCCUGAUAGAAUACAGCAAAUUAUUAAGAGAGCCAUUGAGGAUGCUGACUGGGUCAUGAACAAAUAUAAAAAGCAGAAGUAGAAGGAUGAAAACAAGAAUGUCAUUGGUAAACAUCCUUAGAUGACAUCAGUCAAUUGCAUAUCCCCAGUGACCCUAAUUUCUAAACUCUCCAGAAAAGACUCCAUUCAGCUGAGUUCUGUGCACUCAAUGGCAUGAUCACUGAAAUAUGCAAUCUUGUACAGCUCAACAGAGAAUACACCAAGGAGCUGUAAGAUGCAUGUGUGCAGCUCCAAAUGUCUGAGGUGCCAGCUGAGAUCUGGGAGCAUCAGUCAAGAGCCUGCUGAUUUCAGUGUUCAGAGCACCUCUCUGACUGAUCAGAACUUUAUUGGUGAGUAGAAUGGUUAUUCCCCUACUACUAGCAUGACUGAAUUAGGAAGAUACUAACAUGGUCACAGCUGUUUUACAGUCAUUUAAGGAGCACAGUGUAAAGGUAAAUAGAAAUCCAAAUUCUGCACCCAAUAGAUGUAGUACAACCAGCAAAACCUUAUGCAGUUAUAUGCUGCUGAGUAUGGUAAUUUCUUAUUGAUUAAAUACUGAUUUUUUUAAGAGAGAUUUGUGAAUUGAGAAAUUUAAGGAAUGGAGAGCAAAUCCCUGCCCUGUAUAAUUUAUUCAUUAUCCUCAGCUACUUCAUAAGCAAAAAUGAAGGUUUUACAACUUACAUAAUACCAAGGAUUUAUAUACUAUGAAUGUCAGCAUAAGAAAUAACAUGAAUGAAAAUCCAGGACAAAACAGGAACAGAAAAUCCAAGAAAAGAAUCAUAAACUCAUCUAACAAAGGCACUUUGAUAAAAACAGAUUGUAUAACAAACUGAACCCUUUACCAACUGACUGUAUUGUGUCAUGUGUGAUUUUUUUUAAUUUACUACUUAACAAUUUUUUUCUUAUUUAUGUCUCAUAGAGGUCACAGAUCAUAAUGGUAUAACUUUGAUCUGUAGAAGUCUGUAACACUCUUAAGAACCCUAUGUUCAUAGAGAAUGCUUGUUAAAAGAAAUACUGAGAUAAACCUUGUCUUUAUGUAUUAGUCUACAAUUAUAGAAUUGCUUGGGUGAAAAAAGCUACCUACCAUAUGUGAGCUUUCGCUCAAUUCCUUAUCCACAGCUAUCAGACAUAGUAUGGGUGAGACGUGAGAGUAUGUCAUUAUGUACUUUGGAAAUCAUCUUAACUGAAAUGGUCACUCCACCAAAUUAAGACAUUCUUAACUCUGAGGAUUUCUUUCUUUUCAAUAAAAAGUGAGAGGAGGAAAUAACAUUGAAAUUUUCAUCUCGUGCUGGUUAUAGGGCUGUUUGGAAGUGCUUUGUCUUAAUGGGUAGUGUUGUAAAGGUGCAGAAAAUUCCCCUUUACAGUCCCUCCUGCCAAGUCUCAGAGGACUAAGCUAAAACUAGUCAUUGUAAACACAAGAUGAGGCAAGAACAGGCUAUAAGUAUUAUUUCUGUCACUCAGGAAUAUUUUUAGUCUUGUGAACAGCUCCGUUUGCUUUGAUGGCUGUCGUCCAAAUAGCCUUUAUUGCAAUGGUUAUAUGAAACAUUUGGACUAUGUUAAAUGUCUUUUAUAUCCUAUCCUUUUGUGAAUAGGGACAAAAAUUGUUACAGAUAAUAAGAGCACCUGCUAAUUGAUUUGUAACAUUCCUGUAAUGUUUUUAUUAGGACUGUUUAUUAUAUAUUAAACCCAAUGGCUUAGCCCAGUUCAUAAUUCAGUCUGUAACUUUUUAGAAUUGGACCUUACUGUAUAUCAGCACAGAUUCUUCCACACAUUUGUUUUUUUAAAGUGACUUUUCUAACUCAAAAGUUGGUGUUCUCCCUUCUGAAUUCAACUUCAAAUGUGGUCCUUCCUGUCAGUGUGUUCAUGAGUUGUGUGAAUAAGCAGUGCAUUUGUUUGCAUUCAAAAAAGAAACUAAAUAGCCCCAACCUGGAACUGUUAAAGAAGGUGGGGUGGGAAAAGCAGCACGGUCGGAGUACCCGCAUCUUUUGUGUUACAAUACCUGGUUCAGUUUGGGCCUCAGUACAAGAAAGAGGCUGCUAAGUGAGUGAAUUCAGUGGAGGAAUACUAAGAUGUUUAGGGACUGGGGGAUGUGCCUCAUGAGAAGAAGCUGAAGGGACUGGGCUUGUACCGCCUGGGGGAGAGAAGGCCCGGGGACUUGGUAGCAGCUUCUGGUACCUCUGGGGGAAUGGAGCCAUGCUCUUAACAGCAGUGUGUAGCAGCAGGAUGAAAAGCAAUGAGCAGAAACUGAGAAAAGAACAUUAGACUGGUUAUAAGGUACAGCUUCUUCCCUGAGAGGACAUGGUUGGACUAGCUGAUCUUAGUGUUCUUUUCCAACUGUAAUGAUUCUGUGACAGUCUAGCAGUGAAGUAGGUUGCAUGGCGAUAUUGUCCAGUCUUGUUCCUUGGAAGUUUUUGAGACCAGCCUGGACUGAGCCCUAAGCCUCCUUCUCUGACCUGGUUGUCAACCCUGCUUUGGGAAGGGUUUCUUCUUUUUGGAAGAGCUGCUGAGGUGCCUUUCAAGCUUAAUUUUCCUGUAACCCUACCUAAAUUCCUGUAGCUGUUAGGAAUCACAUGGAGGUUGUAUCACAGUCCAUGUAGAUUGGGGGAAAAAAAAAAUCAUUUCUGGUAAAUGUUAGUGUGUCAAACUAAACUUAUCCAAAGGAAUCUACAUGGUUUGAAAAAAGUGUACAUUACACUGCACAGGCAUUCUGUGAACAUGGGCUGUCAAAAUCUGAAAGCUGAGGCUGUACAUUGCUGAUCUCAGGUCCCUUUUCCAAAUUUGAAAUUUUCCCAAACGUUGCUUUGUUUCAGAAGGCUAAUCUGUGGACUUAGAGAUAGCACGAAACCACAGCUAGGGUGGAUACAAAACGUAGGUAAUUAAUGUGGUUGGGAGAAUGAGAUUUAGCUUUCUAGAUGUGGGAAAUGUUCCCGUGGUGUUUUCCUUCCUGGUCUACCCAUACUUUUAAUCUCUUAUCAAACAGAUAAGCAGGCAGAGACAGUAUCAACACAGAAAUAUUACACAGUUUUUGAGAAAAGUUUCCUGCUGGAAUUUUAGAAACCAAGUAGGGAGAGAGAAAAAUACCAGAGAUUGGGUAGAAGUAUGACUUGAUAGAAAGAUAUAGUGGUCCAACCUCCAUGAUAACAUAGAAUUAUAACCCUAAUGUUUUAUAGAAUGGCUAAAUCAACCUCCAAAACUAUAUCAUUCUCUAUUCAACUUCACAGUAGAUUUUUGAGUAGUUUCUGUGAAAGUGCACUGUUGUCAUUAUAUUUCUAGUGUAUUUCCAUGAGAAAUACUACAGCAGCUGACUGUGUUUUUUUGCUAUGAGAUAUAUAUAUAUAUAUAUAUAUGAAGUAUAUAUCUUAAUGAUAUUUUAAUGUAUUUGGAUAAAAAAGAGCACAGAAUUGCAGAAUGUAGUCAUGGUACGUAAAAGUAGCCCCUGUUAUUUCCUGGGCUGAAUUUUAGCUUGACUUCCAUUUUGUUUUAUGUAUUUUUAACAUUCUGAAGUGCUCGUUCUUAGUUUUGGCACAGGUGCUUACAGAUUUAAUUUGUGAAAAAUAGUACUCAAGUCUCUUAUAUUGUUUGACCUUGAUGAGAAGUUUUGUAUCCUUCCAAGAUCAGUCAGUGGUCUGUUACUUCAGACCAUGCUAUCACUACAUAAGAGCACAUUUGUUAUUCUGUAGCUCACUGUUAGUUCUUGAGGAAAAAAUACAUUUUUGCACGUGGUAGUUUUCAUGUCGCAUUUCUUUACAGCUAUGACAAACAUGAGUUGCAGUACCAGCGGCAAGAAACCUAGUUCUGUGCAUUUCCUCCAUCCACGUGCCAGCUUUCCUUUAUGUUCCCAAGAUUGAAGUGUUCAAUAGGCUAAAUAUAAUGGAAUUAUGUCAUGGAAUGUAGGGCACAGAGCCCUGCAGACAGCCGCACACGGUCUACCAGUCCACUGCUAGGUGCUGUUUCACUUUUUUACUUUAAAUCUGCUAGUAACUGGCCUCUACUGCUGCAAUUCUGAGUCAGACAGUAUUUUUUGGAAGAUGCGUCAGCUUGAGACAACGUGCACUCAGGCACAGAGAAAUGUGAUUAUUGGUUGCCUGAUUGCUUUUGCCCUCCUUUACUUCCUUGUUACUUAUGUCCACACCCAGGAAUUUUUUGCAAAAAUGGCCAGUUAAGGGAUUUUAUGAUAUUACUGCAUUUCUGAACGUGGCCUGUCUCUUACAAUUUGUAGGCAGGAAGGGAUGGGUUUACUGGCAUAGUUUUUCUAGCUUUCAUUUUCACUCUGAUGUUAACAUUAUGAAAUUUUCCACUUUGCCCCAUCAUUGUUUGCCUAGACUGGGAGGUGGCAAAUGAAACCUUACACUUUUAACCCUAAAACUGCUUUUUAAUACACCUUAAAUGUGCAUAAAGUAAGAAGUGUCUAAACAGUAGAUUUGGGAUCCUGCUUGUGUGAAGUGUCUAGACCUGAGUCUGUGAUUCCAGUUUUAAUAGAAAGUUCUUAUCCUCACUUUAUAAUGUACAUUUCAAAAUAACAAAGAAGCUAGUGAAAAAGAUGCUACAGCUAAUGGUGAAUAUGUUAACAUUCUUUGAAAUCGUGGAUGGUCCUUAACGAUACAGUGAGCAAACAAAUUACUAAACGGAAGAAAUGGUUUUGCUGUGUUUCAAAUUUUGAGGGUGUAUUCAAGCCACAUGAAUUCUGUCUGGGAAAUGAAAAUGCAAACAGGUGGAACAGAAGAUGAUUGUCAUGCUUGGGAGCACCUUUUGAGCAAUAGCGUUACUGAUUGUGUGUUUCUUUGUCAGAAGCUAGUGCUGCAAGGAAGCUCCCAAUGAAAACAGUGCAUCUAUUGAGACUGCAAAGCACGGAGGCAGAAAAGAAUUGGUGAGGAGCUCUGUUGCAUAGAUCUUCAUGUUAAGACUGUCUGAAAAUUGGCUGCUGUGGACCUUUUUUUUUUUUUUUGUGGUUGAGGGUGAGAUGUCAUAAAGAAUGUGUUUUAAGAAUGGCUCUUACAUUUUUUCACCUUCUAAAUUAAAUGCAGCAAAUCAAUCAGUUUGAAGUCUUAUAUUUUGAUAAAAAAUAAGCUCUUCUUCCAUGUCUCCACUAGGCAGUUGAAGAAGAGUGUGAGGAAGUAGAAAUUUCUAGCCCAUGUUAUUUUGUAAUUCUCUGUGUGGGACAUACACUUGUCGCUGUUUCCGUUUCUAUCCUGUAGUGAAAAGAUUCUUUCACCAUAUUUUACCCAGAAGAGCUUUAAGGCCAAUGACACUUUAGCAUACCCAAGUGAGAUUAGCGAGCAGUGAGAAAUAAGACCAAUAGAAAAGAUGGGACUCCUGUAACUUUUGAGGAGUUUUCAUCAUACAGCUCUCGGUUGUGUCACAGGCUUUCUCUUCAAUUUCUGGUACAUUUGGUAUGUAGUGUGGGAGAUUGGGAAGAGGUUUUAUUUCUUUAUUUAUUGACAAUAAACAUUUUUGAAUCAGAAGCCUGAAAUUGCUAGCAAGUGGACUUGUAGACACUUUCCCAGGGUGAUCUGACACCCAGUCAGUGGCACAAAUCCUCACCAUUGUUGUUUACAUAUUUAUUUACCUCUGAGCUUACAAAGGAAUAAGCGCUUUCUUGUGGCUCAGUGUCAGGCUGUACCACGCAUGGGAUACUGCACAUAGAGAAUCUGCUUCUCUUCGGAGAUUUUUUUUAAGCAUGUAACACAUAGUGAGGUGUUGCCAGGGAAUUGAUGCCUUUUGUGUAGUGAAGUGACAGCAAACUGGAAAGCAUGAAUAGCUAACGAAGAAAAAGGAACUUUAGCCUAGAAAAGAAACAGGAAUUGAAUUGUUGAAAUGUUCUUAAUGAGUCAAAUGAUUUAAAUCAUUUUACCACAAAGGAACAUAAUGAGCGUUUUACUCAAGAGCAUGAGUCCAUUUCCAUAGUGCAAAUAGUAUUUCAUGAUCUGACUCUCUUUUAACUGAUCACCUUAAUCUUUGGUAUCUCAUCUCAAGUAAUUAGGCAGGGUUCUUUUGCUGUGAGUUUUGCUCCUUGCACUGACUUGCACUUUUCUGGUGGUUCAAAAAUACCUUGGUUACAGCUGAUCCUGCCAACAGGGUAGUCUAGAUGGACUAGAUGAUCUUAAAGUUUCCAUCCAACCCAAACCUUUCUAUGAUUCUGUAGGUGGAACAUUUAAAGUCUUAGAUCUUCUGACAUGACAAGUGUUCAGAGAUGGCUGCAGUGUUACAUUUCUAGUUUGUGAUGUUGUAUGGAAUGUUUCUGAAAGAUCAGCCUGGGGAUGUCUCAAGUAGAUUAGAUAGGCAAGAGAAAUUAGAAGAAAAUUUCUAGUGAUUUAGGAACAGUUAGAACAAUGGAAAAUCAUGUCUCUUGGGAUACAUGAAGUUAAUAAAAUAAGCUCAUUAUCAUCAGCUUUGCCUGAGUGUAGUAAACCUUUUAGGACUUACGUUUGUCUGAUUUCUGAGGAGCAACCAUAUAAAUAUAUGCUUGUUACAAAUAAGCUUGUUACUUAAAUGUUUUUAAGAAUACAGCUUCUUGAGUUGAUAUUGCAGUCAAAAUAUGUGACUUGAUUUUGAAUGAAAUUGCAGAAAGUCUGUUGUUGAAGCUACAGACCACAGUUUUGUUUCUGUUUGCAGAAACAAGACAAAAUUUGACUCAAAAUUACUGCGUGCUUAGAAUGCUAUUGAAUAGGUCAAACAUUCUGCUCUGAAAGGGCACCUCUUUCAUCAAAGUUAAUACAAGAAGAGCAAGUACUUCUUGCAUUUUGUUAUGGUAGAGGCAGAAGUGGCAAUAAAACAAAAUCUGUGAAAUUGGUUUUCUGAUGAAGGAACAUUGCAGACACCAUGGAAUGUUUGUGGAAGGAGGGCACUGUGAGCUUGUUUUGCUAAUCUCUGGCUCCACCUAAGAAAUGUGUGGUGAGAUUGUUGUUGUUGAUUUUGUUGAGUAAAAGGUCCUGUUUGAAAAACUGGUGAAUAAACAGUUCCCUGAAUGGCUAUAUGUACUGCCAGUCCUAUAAACAGUGCUCAUGAGGAAAGAUGUUUCUCCUCUUCUGGUAAUUCUAAAUGUGACUUUUCUUUCCAAAUCCCUACGUAGCCUUUCUUUGUUUUCAGCAGUCUCCAAUCAAGGAGAAGUAGGGAGGGUGUAUAAUAAAAUCUUAAAAAUUGAAUUCAUUUAAAUAUCUACUAAGGUGCAUCCUUUUUUCAGUACUAUGUUAAGAUUCUCUAUGCUCUGUAGAAAAGAGGUAAGAUUUAAUAAAAAAUGAAAGAAUCCAAGCAAUUUUUUAAAUCCUGACAAAACAGCAAAUGCUAAGAUUAGUGUAACCUUGUUUUUUCAUUUCUGAACUUUUCUUACAUUUAGGACACUUUCAAUUUGACCAUUGAGAGACACGUUUAUUAAAAAAAAAAGUGAACAUUCAUGAGCAGUGAAGGCAAAGAACACAAGCAUGAUACAGUCAAGCAGAUGAAUGAUCAAACUAUAGAAAACUCAGGUCUCUGUUUCAAGAGAUUAUUCUUUUGCAGCCCUGAAUGUCUUACAAAUACAGGUGUAUUCAUGCAUGAACCCGUGUACAUGUAACCUCAUCUGUGAGUGCCUUACACAAGCACUUAAUAUUCACUUCUAAAUAGCAAACUGAGACAGAGAGAAAAAAAAUACCUUGCCCAAGCUUGCCCAGUAGAAAAGUGGCAGAUGAAAAGACAAACUGUUUCCUUGUUUCUUGUAUAGCCUUGUGCCGGAUUUUUGCACACACUUGAUCAGUACUUGUAAAUCUUUCCAUCAUUAUCAUUGUUAUUUGAAAACAUCUAAAAAGUUGUAUAACAUAGUGUUAUUCAGUUAUACAUAAUACUCAUGAAGAAACAACUCAGGAUAAAGUCCUUGAGACUUUGGUACUGACAUACCACAGCGUUUCUGAGCCAGCAGCUCCCUAACAGCACUAUGUUCUGUAUGCCAUUGUCAGCUCCCAGUUUGUGCCUUUUAGAACUCAAGAGGAAACCUAGCUUUGUACUGUAUUUAUAUCCACAUUUUGUCUAAAAUCAGCUCAGUAGUUCCACCUUCAUCAUCUGUCUGUCCUGGUGUUUACGUAUACAACAUUAUGUGAAUAGUUUAUACGUUCAGGGAGUUGCAGUUUCCUUCCAAGUUAACAUGUUGGUAGAGCACAAAAGGGCAAACCUCACAGGCAGCGAUGACUGCAAUAUGGAGACUUGUAGAGGAAAGAAUUCUACAAAUGCUCUAUUGAGAAAAGUGCAUUAAAAUUAUACUAAAAAUAAGGAAACAAUAUAUUGCCAAGCAUUAAGACAGGUUAGAAUACCUGUCUUAAGUUAUAAGUGUUCAUUUAAAUGCUUUACUGGUCAAUUUCCUGAAGGUCUGUGAUUCUGUAAAAUUACUCUAAAUUCUUUAUGGAAGUCGCAGGCUUAGUCCUACAGCCCCUAGCUGAACAUAUAGGAGAGCAGCCACCCAGGGUACAAUCAACGUGAGUUCCUCCAGGGUAUAUUUUUUCCAUUUUAACGUUGCCUGCAGAGUUCACUAAGAAGAGUGAGCACAGUUUCCUGUGUUAUACUGCAUGUACGAUAGAGAACUGUAGGAGUCAGAAUUGCAGCAUGCUGUGCGUGAGGAAAGGGGUACUUGUAAGACAGCAAUUAGUCACAGCUCUGUCACUAAAUAUUAUGUAAGGCAGUGG